AUCGACGCUGAGUGAGAACCAGGAAGGUCCACAGCGCCGGGCAUGAAACUACAAAACAGGAAAACUGUCGCGAGGACACAGGUGUAGAGAAAAAGUCCAGCUUCAUAUUAAUAACACAGUUAUUUUUAAAUCUCUUCCUCGGUACCUGUUAGCGCUGUGUGUUUGCUGCGUCAUGUUUGUCUCUGCACAGAACUCAGCGCCAUGUUUCAAGGAUUUCACCCUCGUCAUGCCAGCAGUGGCUGUUGGUAAUGUGGGCCAGCUGGCUGUGGACCUCAUGGUGUCCACUCUCAACAUGAGCAGAGUGGGCUACAUGCACACAGACUGUAUAAUCCCCAUGGCUGGGAACAACCCGUACGCCACCUGCAAAGAGGACGUCGAGGAGCUGCACACUCCUGCAGAAGUUUACACAGCAGCAGAGCUGAAGUUAGCAGUUCUUCAAAUCAGAGCACCAAUUAUUCAGACAAAAUCCAAAAAGUUCAGACAGCUGCUCGUGUCUUGGAUCAAAGCCAGCGGCUUCUCCAGGACUGUGGUUCUGUCCAGCAGCCAUGCCUACCAGAGGGACGACCAACAGCUACAAGGCACGCCUCUGAGGUACGUGGUCACUCCGUCCCUGCUGAAGGGGAGUGUGGACGCGUUGAAAGAGCUCGGCUGGAGGGAGUUGGAGAGAGUGGCACCCUUCCCUGGACUGACAGACGCCAACACAGAGCCGCGCCUUUACAUCCCCGGAGGAGGAAUAACCAAAGGCCUCUACACAGACAGUUGUGCGGAGGAUCUCCCGCUGGCUGUGCUGCUGCUCUUCUGCUCAGAGGGUGACAACAUCCCAGACGCCUUCACACUCGUCAACCACCUCAACGACUGGCUCCAUCUGCUGGACACUCCUAGCCAAAAGCCCAACCAAUGGAAGAUCCCGACUUCUUGGAGUCUUCUGUUUGGCAGCGGCAUCCCUCCGGCACUCUUCUGAUACACACAUAUUUCGUUUUUGCUAUUUUUAGCUGCGUAAUUAGUGUCUGGGGACUGCAGCAAGUCAAAACUCUGAAAACUCACAAAUGUUUUCUUUGCAUCCGUGACAUGACAUCAUUACAUUUUUCAGCGAAUUCUUCACUGAGGUCAAAUCUGGUUAGUAUUUACCUGGUCUGGACAUAAAACACGGUUGUAAUCCGACCCAACAAGAACCCUCCCACUCUUGGACGUUCAUCAGUUUCCAUUAUUUUGAUAAGAAUCUUUAAAAGUACAAACAUUACAUGCACUUACAGAGUUUUGUUUUCUAGUACUGAAGCAUUUAAAUGUUGUUUUCCAAUAAAGAAUCCUGUGUAAAUUUGCCUAA